AUGCAAGAAAAAGGAAUGAAGCCGGAUGUUUAUACUUAUAACACAUUGAUGAGCGGGUAUGCCAAACGCAAGUAUAUGGAUGCAAACAAAGGCCUUCUUUAUGAUGAAAUGGUGGAGAAAAGGAUUCAGCCCAAUCUGUUAACAUAUAAUACCAUGAUGCUAGCCUGCUGCAGGUGUUGGGAAGUGGAGGAAGCUCAAAAACUUUUUGAUGAGAUGAAGACAAGGGGGAUCAAUCCUGAUUAUAAUAGUUACAAUUUACUCAUUGGUGGUUAUAGUGAUAAAAAAGGUGUCAUGAAGGAGGCUUUUAGAGUCUAUGAUGAAAUGUUGAAGAUGGGAUUUGAUCCUACUAUUACCACUUACGACUCUCUUAUAAUAGGUUUGUGCAAUGAGAAUGAAGUUGAGCAUGCCGAAGAGCUCCUCAAAGAAAUGGUUAGUAAAGGCAUUUGUACUCAGAAUGACAGGACCUACCUAGCUUUAACUAAGAUCAUUAAGGAAACACCUGAAGUCGUGGGAAAUGACUUGAUGGGAGAUGCCAGAUUCAGGACGAUCCUUGAGAAUGACAAAUACAUGUUCUUCAAUUGCAAAUAA